CCUCCACCACCACCCCAUGUGCUUCCUGCCGGGCCAAGUUCGCGGAGCGCCGCCGCACGCCGGGCCAGCGGAGCGGAGCCGCAGCGGAGCGGGGCGCAGGGCAGCGGGCGCGGCUGCUGCGGGACGCGGCGGGGCAGGCUCGGCGGAGCGCCGGCUCCAGCCUCGGGGCGCGCUCGCCCGGCCCCGGGGGCCCCUGCCCGCCCGCACCAUGCCGCGGCGGCGCGGCUGCCUGCCGCCCCUCCUGUGCGCGCUGGCCGCCCUCAGCCUGCCGCUGCUGCUGGCGGCCGAGCCCCGCGCCAAAAGUUGCUCCGAAGUGCGGAGGCUCUACGCCGCCAAGGGCUUCAGCCAGAGCGAGGCGCCCAGCCACGAGAUCAACGGUGACCACUUGAAAGUCUGCUCGCAAGGCUACACAUGCUGCUCUCAGGAAAUGGAGGAGAAGUACAGUCAGCAGAGUAAACAGGACUUCAGAAACGCUGUCACAGACCUUAGCAAUCACCUACAAAACGUGUUUAGUUCCCGAUACAAGAAGUUUGAUGAGUUCUUCAAAGAGCUGCUGGAGAACGCUGAGAAGUCUCUGAAUGACAUGUUUGUGCGGACGUACGGCCGUCUGUACAUGCAGAACUCGGAACUGUUCAAGGACCUCUUCGUGGAGCUGAAGCGCUACUACGUGGGCGGCAACGUCAACCUGGAGGAGAUGCUCAACGAGUUCUGGGCGCGCUUGCUGGAGCGCAUGUUCCGGCUGGUCAACCCGCAGUACCACUUCACGGAUGAGUACCUGGAGUGUGUCAGCAAGUACACGGAGCAGCUGAAGCCCUUCGGGGAUGUACCGCGGAAGCUCAAGCUGCAAGUGACGCGAGCCUUCGUGGCCGCCCGCACCUUCGCGCAGGGCCUGGCCGUGGCCAGGGACGUCAUCAGCAAAGUGUCUGCGGUAAACCCCACGCCGCAGGGUACGCGAGCGCUGCUGAAAAUGAUGUACUGCCCACACUGCCGAGGCCUGGUGUCGGUGAAGCCCUGCUACAACUACUGCUUUAAUGUCAUGAGAGGCUGCUUGGCCAACCAAGGGGACCUGGAUGCAGAGUGGAAUAUCUUUAUGGAUUCGAUGCUGCUGGUAGCAGAGAGGCUGGAGGGACCUUUCAACAUUGAGUCUGUCAUGGAUCCCAUUGAUGUGAAAAUCUCAGAUGCAAUCAUGAAUAUGCAGGAGAACAGCAUGCAGGUGUCUCAGAAGGUUUUCCAGGGUUGUGGUCAGCCAAAAACUCUUGCCCAAGGCCGGACUGCUCGUUCUGUCUCUGAAAGUGGUUUCAGUGCUCGUUUCAGGCCCUACAACCCAGAGGAGCGACCAACAACAGCUGCUGGCACGAGCUUGGACCGACUGGUUACUGAUGUGAAAGAGAAGCUGAAACAAGCCAAAAAAUUUUGGUCGUCUCUCCCUGGCAACAUUUGCAAUGAUGAAAAGAUGUCUGUAGGCACUGUCAAUGAGAACGAAUGCUGGAAUGGGAGCGCCAAGAGCAGGUAUGACUUUGCAGUGACUGGAAAUGGCUUAGCAAGUCAGGUAAAUAACCCAGAGGUGGAAGUCGACAUUACCAAGCCAGACAUGGUGAUUCGCCGGCAAAUCAUGGCUCUGCGGGUGAUGACCAACAAGCUGAAGAAUGCUUACAGUGGGAAUGAUGUCGACUUCAUUGACAUAAGUGAGGAGAGCAGUGGGGAGGAGAGCGGCAGCGGCUGCGAGCUCCAGCAGUGCUCCCCAGAGUUCGAGUUCAACGCCACCGAGGUCACUGGGAGCUCCAACAAGAGUGACAAGACCGUGAACACUUCUGCUGCUACCAGAAGUGGUCUAUCACAAGCAGCCUUGCUCCUUAGUGUUUUGUUCUUGGCCAUGCAAAGACAAUGGAGAUAAUUGUGCAGCAUAGGGGGAGGGGAAAAGACUUUUAUUAUCAAAGGUAGAAGGCACCUGCUUUCUCUUUUAUACCAUCUAGAGACUUUGCUUUUUAAGUUAAUGGACAACAGUGUACAGUUUUUACUAUGUUGCCACUGGUUUUAAGAUACUGAUUUAUUCCCUUGCCAUCCUGGGAAUAACAGGAACGGGAAGUACCAGUCUACCCUGUUCACCAAGAAUCUAUGUUAGAGGGGAUAACAAAAAUGUAUAUACAAGCCUGUAGUUAGCUCUGCAUUUGUGUCUUUAUCACUACUUUUUUUGUUGUUUUUUCUUUUACUGUAUUUCUUAUGAAAACAAAAAUCCCAGGAUCUUCUCUUGGCCUGUAACAAGUCUGUGUUUCUGAAAUGAGAAAUAUCUGUACAGAAGCAGGUUUUAUUUAUCAUGUUAUCUUCUGAGGAAAAAAUAAUUGCCCAACAAGCAGAAAAUGUUUCAUGUAGUUAACUUCCCAUUUAUCCACAUUAUGUUAGUUGCCUUAUCUGGAGAGAAGUGGAAGUCAUUUGUCUUUAUUAUACGGUAAAACAGGAGGUGAAGGCAGAACUGGUCAUUGUGCCAAGGGCUCCAUUUGCAUAGGGCAUCAUUGCUAGGAGCAGGUUGUGCUUGCUUUACAGGAGGUUUUGUUAAAUUGGAAGGGACUACAGAGAAUUCCCAUUCUGCAGACCCUGAAAAGAGUUGUCAUUUGUUCCUCGGGAUCCUUGCAAUUAGCUGUAACUCCUGUGGGUCAGUUCCCAACGUGCAUCCUCCAUGGGAAUGAGGCAUUAAACUUGUUCAGUUGGAAACAAUUUGUUGUCUCGCAGAUCCAAAUGCCAACAUGUAUCUUGUCUGCACGUUUGUUAGGUGAAUGGAUUGAUUUUUUAACAGUUUUGGUUCUGGUUUUAAAGAAUCCUGUGUGGGAGGGCAGGUGGGGAGAGGUUGGGUUUGUUUUUGCGAGAGUUUUGUUUCCUCUCUCAUGGGGGCGAAAGAGAAGGAGCAGGCACUGUUGCAGGUACAUGGAAGCAGGAGCUGGUUGGGGCUGAAUAUGGCUCAUUUUGGGUGUGUUUGGUCUCCUGGGAGCUGAUGCCCACCACCUGUAGCUUUUUGGCACUACCUGGGACACCCUUCUCUCUCUGCUUGUGCUGUUUAAGUUGGAACAAUGUUGUGGUGAACAACAACUCAUGAAUAAAAGAAAUGUAUAUUUUUAAGAAAA